AUUUGGUUGAUAGGGGCGGUUUUCGUGAUACUCAAUCGCUGGUCGACAAUUUUAAAUAAAUCUGAAAUUCGCGUAUUCCUUACAUUUGUAUUUUGGGUGACGAAGUUUUUUAGGCGCGGGCAAUGAAUAAUAUCAUUGAUGAGACGUCAAAGCUGUCAGAGUUACCAAUAACAAAUAAGCAUAACCACAAAAUGUCAACAACACAACCUCAUUGCUGCGAAGUCAACGAUUGCAAAGGUAUAAGAUAUAACGGAUGGUCAAUGAAUUGCCGAUUUUGCAAAAAGAAAAUAUUUGUGGAAUGUUUACGACAGCGGGAUGAGCUAAGAACAAAGGAGCUACUGUGCGUUUUUGGUUUGAUGUCCAAAAAACCAGAUGAUAAUGGUGGUUUCCGAUGGGAAGUGCUCCAAAAUGAUCCAAAUAAAACAGCAGCGUUUUCUCAAAUGUUCAAUGUUGACUCACCGUACGGAAUUACAUGUGAAAUGUGUGUCAUUAAAUUUGAAAAUUCACUGAACAUUGCAUCAACAAGUACGAUUCAGCACCAAAAGGAACGGCAACAAAUACAAAAAAUUGAUGAGUUGAUUCCAGAAUCAGUUGACAAAAAAAUCAGUGAAAAACUGAAUGCAAACAUUACACAUUUGAGCGCCUCACAAAACACGAGCAAAAUCCAACAAAAAAACAUCAGAAAACCAAGAAUUUCUCCUGUCAACGGAGUAUACGCCAUUCAUAUAUCACGAAUGCCAAUAGAAACCACUCCCGAAGAUAUUGCCGCUCUUAUCAUUGGUAAUUUGGAUGCAAAUAAUGAUUCUUUUAUUGUAGAAAAAUUGCCAAACAAACGAUACAAAGGGAAGGCAAGGUGUUUUUCAUCAUUCAAAGUUUCAACCUUGUUUCGUAAGAUUUGUGAAGGGAUCAUUACAAUGGAUGGAUGGAGCUCUGAUUGCAUUUUGAAACAAUUCAAUUAUCCAUCGAAAAUGCAAAGUAAGACAAGCACAGUUGAAACCGAUGCCGUGAAAAAGAUGGGACUUCGUCCAAAACUGCAACAAAAUGUACAGCAACGAGUCAAUUUCAAUCGGAAUCAUCGCAACAACAACAACUAUAACAACCGACAAAUCAAUGAGGCACAUCAAAACAAUCAAAUCGAUCGUUGGAGAUUUGUCAGUAGGAAUGGUCAUCGUCGUAAUAAUUAUCGUCCACAAUACCGAGAGAAUCAGAUACUGCCCAAUGAUUUGGAACAUCAUCAACACCAAAGAAAUCAUGUUUCUCGGGUGCAACAACAACAACCAAUGCAGCAACAUCCAAUUCAACAACAAUUUUUGCCUAAUACGAAUUAUUCUUUUUGGAAUGGAACACCUUAUCACAUUGCACCACCUCACAUGUAUGCACAAAACCCGUUACCAUACCAAAUGCUCCAACCAUUUCAAACACAGCAAAUGUUCCGGCCAUUCUAA